AUAUCUAACUUUACCCCUCCCCUCACAGAUGUAAUUCUAUCCAGUCACGUCGUUUUGUGUUACGUGAGGCCGCGAGUCCGAUUAACUUUGCGCCGCCGAAAUAUUACUCAGCAUUUCUCACAGUGUUUUGCUACUACGUUCCUUCACGUCAAGACGGCCAUGGAUAACAGCGAGGAAAAUGCACAUUCUAUAGGAGGCUCGAUUCCCUCGGUGGAGUUUCAUAAGAUCGAGAUAACUCCAAAUGCGUCUCUGGAUGGUUUAGCUGCGAUUGAUACGUUAGGCAUCGAUCGUCAAAAAGGCUCUGCAUGUCCGUCCAUGAUUACGCUGAUGGAGAUCGCCCCUGUUAAAAACGCCAUUGCUGACCGCUCUGAGAAGUCCCAGACUUCGUCAAGUAUUUGCCAGAAAUGGAAAUCAGUAAAAUGUAGCUUUCAAAGAGUGAGUCAAGAAGACAGCGAGGGGAAGAAAUUGCCCAAGAACGUUCGCAGGUACUACAAACAACAGCAAGAAAUUACUGAAGCAUUCCAAAAUUCUUACCAUGAGGACGAACAUCUUGAGUCAGCUGACAUAACUGAAGCUAAUGACAAGGCUGUAGCACUGGCCGUCAGACUUAGCCUGUUUUGCAAUGUACUGCUACUAAUUGGUAAAAUUGUGGCGUCAUACCUCUCUGGAUCGCUGUCAAUCAUUUCAAGCCUUGUCGACAGUGCUGUGGAUCUAGUGUCUGGUAUAAUAUUUUGGUACACAACACGGUCAAUAAAGACUACCAAUUUCUAUGAGUAUCCGUCUGGGAAAACCCGCCUUGAGCCUGUAGCUGUAAUCAUUCUUUCUGUUAUCAUGACUGUCGCCUCUAUACAGCUUAUUGUAACAUCCAUUCAAACAAUUGCAGAAAGUACUGCCAAUCCAGACAUUUCCAUCUCCACAAUAGUCAUUAUUGCAGUCACAAUUGUUUGCAAGUUCUGUCUAUUUUUGUACUGCCGAAGAUUCUCUGCCUCCUCAACAAAGGCCUUGGCCCAGGACCACCGUAAUGAUGUGUUAUCCAAUUCUGUGGCCCUAGGAAUGGGCUAUCUUGGUUUUAAGGUGUGGAAGAAUGCAGAUCCCAUUGGAGCUAUAAUUAUCAGCCUCUACAUUGCUUAUGGUUGGUGGAAAACAGGAGCACAGCAAGUGCGCAGCAUCACAGGCCACACGGCAAGACCCGAGCUGCUACAAAAGCUGAUCUGGGUGUGUGUCACCCAUGACAGUCGUGUCCAGUACAUAGACACGCUUAGGGCGUUUCACUUUGGGAAUAAUUUGUUGGUAGAAGCACAUAUUGUCUUGCCACCAGAUAUGUCUCUGAGGGAAGCACAUGAUAUUGGGGAGGCUUUGCAGCAGAAAUUAGAGCGUUUUCCCAAUGUUGAGAGGGCGUUUGUGCAUAUUGAUUACGAGUUUGAGCACCAUCCAUCUGAUGAGCAUAAGAUGACUCAAAAACCAAAAAUAGAAGAAGUAAAAUGACAAAAAAAAAAUAGAAGUAAAGUAGAAGAAGUAAAAUGACAAAAAGAGUGUUUCUUGAAAAGAAACAUAUAUUACAGAUAUAUUUUUGAUGUUCACAUUUUGAAAAAAAUCAAGGCAAAAGUACAUUAAGCUAGAAAACAUCCUCUUCAUUAGUACCAUUGUGGCGUACCCAGGGAAUCUAUUAUACCUCCAGCUGUAUGGUUUAAUUUUGUCUUUAUGACACCAUUUCAGAGUUAUACCUGGUAACCCUGUUUGCCCUGUUAAACUUGUUAAGUCUGUUUACCUUGUUAAGCCUGUAGAAUUGCAAAAUUUCCCUUGAAUUCACAAAGUAGGGAGUAAGAUAAAUUGCUAAUAAAUUGGGUUUUAACAGUGACUUUAGAUACUCUGGUCUAUUUUGCCCUAUGAGUAGAGUAAAGGAUAACUAGAACUUCAAGUCUAAGACAUUUGUAAGCCCUUGUUUUACAUUAAGCUUUGAACCAUGUUUCUAAAAGGCCAUAUGGAUUUUCACAAAGCUAAAGCUCUAAUGCACAAAAUAGAUUAUUAUAUUCUUUAUCGUUUUUCUUUUUAUGGUAAUAAAGGUACAUAUACUUAAAUAGAAGUUAGGUGGGGAAACUGUACAUCCAAAUGUAUUAAAAAUGUGUGAGGCAUAGGAGGGAGAAAAUAUUAGAAUCGAUUAUUUUUGUGCUAUUUCAGGUAAUUUACAUUUUACAUAGUGGACUUACUGGUAGCUAAGAAAAAAUGAAUAAAGGAAAAUUUGUUUUUUUAGGGUGUGCAGUGGCCAAAAGAACAGGUGCUUUGAGGUGGCCACUAACCCAGUUUAAUACCAAAGAAGAAAAAAUGCACAAAAUAAAUAUAUAUAUAUAAAUUGAACAUCUAUUUUAUUAUUUUUGUCAUUUUAGCCAGGGAAAAGAAGGGUAUACUGGUUUUUAGCCUUCAUCUCCUGACAAAACUUCCCACACAAAUACUGUAAUCUGGGAAAAUUCAUAUAGAAUUUCACAAUCUCCUGGUUUUUGGGCUUUCAAGGGUGGCAAGUAUGUUUUCACUAUCUAAUUAUGUCUAUUUUAAUUUUAAUUUUGAAUGUGUUGGUAAAGAUAACAAGAAAUAACAUACAUAUUAUUACAUAGAAAGCCCAACACAGAUAUUUUAAACAAUUAGAAAUAAUAUAUCUAAAGCUGUUAAUGAUUGGUAUUCAAUAAAAGCUUACUAUAGCA